AUGUCUCUCGCCACGAUACUUCGUCGACACCCUCUCGACCCUCUACACGCAGAUGAGAUUGCGCAAGUCGUUGCAAUCUUGAACAGUACUCAUACUAGCAAGCUACGAUACAAGGUCAUAACUCUUGAGGAACCUCCGAAAAAUGACUUAAUUCCAUACCUCGAAGCCGAAAGGUUGCACCUGGAUCUCCCCACACCACCAAACCGAAUGGCAUACGUUUAUUUUCACACUCUUGAUGAUAAAGCCUUCCAUCGCGCCGUUGUGGAUCUCACCGCGAAUUCGGUCCAGAUUGAUCAAGUUUUGUCGGGCAUUCAGCCGCCAGCAGAUGCUGACGAGCAAAUUGAGAUUGAGGAUGCCUGCAGCAACCACCCGCUUGUUCUGAAAGAGAUUGAGAAGCUGAAACUUCCUGCGGGGGCGAGGGUUUUGAACGACCCAUGGGCGUACGGCACGGAUGACGAUAGCGUGCACGAUUCACGUCGUCUCAUCCAAUGCUACAUGUAUGCGGCAAUGUCGGAUGAUCUGGAGGCCAACCACUAUUCAAUUCCACUUCCAUUUUCUCCUGUAUUUGAUUCGAAUACAAAAGAGCUAGUCCGAAUUGAUCAUCUGCCCCUGGGCUCAAACGAUGAUCGGGUCGACACUCAGGAAUGGAUUCCCCGCAAGCCUGUUGAAUACAGCGCCGCGUUGCUCGAGGAAGGUCUUCGGACGGACCUGAAGCCUCUGCAGGUUGUGCAGCCAGAAGGACCCUCUUUCACGGUUGAUGGAUAUUUGGUGAAGUGGCAGAAGUGGAGAUUCCGCCUGGGCUGGAAUGUCCGAGAGGGUCCUUUGAUUCACAACCUCACUUUUGACGGCCGGAAUAUACUACACCGUCUUUCUCUAAGUGAGAUGACUGUUCCCUACGCAGACCCGAGACAGCCUUAUAUCAGAAAGCAGGCUUUCGAUUUGGGCGAUAUUGGGCUAGGCAUGACGUCGAAUUGCCUAACUCUGGGUUGCGAUUGCUUAGGGGCCAUUCGAUACUUCCAUGGCCACCGAGUAAAUGCAAAGGGCGAAACCGUCACAAUGAAGAAUGUCAUCUGCAUGCAUGAAAUCGACAACGGAAUCGGGUGGAAGCAUACAAACUAUCGAAACUCGACUUCCUCUGUGGUCCGGGACCGACGCCUAGUGAUCCAAUGCACUGCUACUGUCUCGAACUACGAGUAUAUUCUAGCAUGGACCCUGGACCAAGCUGCCAACAUCCACGUUGAGGUGCGGGCAACUGGUAUUGUGUCAACGAUGCCUGUUGCUGACGGAGUGGCACUGCCCUGGAUGACUCGUGUGGCUGAUGGAGUUGGCGCGCCAUAUCAUCAACACCUAUUCAAUCUCCGUAUUGACCCUGCUAUCGAUGGCUUUUCCAACACCGUGGCCUACGACGAUUCGGUGCCAACGCCUGAUGACCCCGUUCUAGACCCCUUGGGAGUUGGUUAUCAUGCUGUAACCACAGAUAUUACCAGGCCCGGAGGCUAUGACUUGGACGUCAACAAAAGCAGAACCUACAAGAUCAUCAACAACUCUUCUAUCAACUCAGUGUCUGGCAAGCCAGCAGCGUACAAGCUUCACGCGCAUGCUUCCCAGAUGAUGCUCAUGAGACCCACGGCGCCUGGAGCCAAACGAGCUACCUUUGGAACUCACGCCAUUUGGGUGACAAAAUAUCGCGACGGCGAACUGUACGCAGCCGGCGAGUUCACGAACCAGAGUGCCAAGGACUCCGGUCUCUCCGUUUGGGCAAAGCGCGAUGAAGACGUGACGGAUACAGACGUGGUGCUGUGGCACUCAUUUGGUCUGACACACAACCCGCGCCCCGAGGAUUUCCCCGUCAUGCCUAUGGAGAUGAUCAAUAUUGAGUUGAAGCCAUCUAGCUUUUUUACGCAGAACCCCAGCAACGAUGUGCCACGCUCUAACCAGCAAAGCAACAAGUCAGUGGCGAUCAAGGAGUGCUGUAGCAAGCUAUAA